CUACAACGGAAACAGAAUCGAGACGAUGAGAGCAGACGUUUGUCUACUGUGUUACAAACCUUGCUGCGAGACUCGAUCGAUCUGGACGCAUUGUGUAUUGUGGCCUGGGAACGUGUAUUUGCAAUUCGUGUUGAGCUGCGUGCUCUGUCGUACGACGGCAAUCUCGGUGAUUGUGGUGCACUGGCUGCAAUUGCCGCACUAGCCUCGUUCCGACGCCCUGAUGUGUUCGUACAAGAUGACGGGAAGGUCAUUGUGGAUGUGGAAGCCAAACAUCGACCUCGGGUACCCCUGAGCAUCAGACGUAUUCCGGUCCUGGUAACGAUCGCACUCAGCGCUGAUGCCAAAGUGAUCUUACAGGACCCGACCGCACGUGAAGAUUCCAUACUCACAGGUGGCCGUAUCCUGAUUGGUAUGACUGGAUUCUCCGAAGUUUGCUGUCUGUACACUACUGGCUUAUCCUGUCCGAUACGGUCCACCAGUUUGGCACGCUGCGUACGAAUGGCCAAUUCACGAGCUCAGAGCCUAGUUGCCUUGGUUCAACGGGUCCUGGAUGGUCUGAAACGACAACGUGAAGCCAUAUUGGCUGCUAGUCAUGCACGUGCAAGCGAGGUGGAACGUGCGUUGGAAUCGUCACGAAAAGCGCCCCUUAUGCUGUCCAGUAUUUCUUUCCUCCCGGAAGAGGUCAACGCGCCGCAGACCAAAGACAUGCUUGACUACGAGGAGGGUGAAGUUAUCGGAGAGGAUUGGCUAAGUUCCGACGAAGAUGACAAUAUGGACGUGGUUCAUAGUUCCGAUGAGGGCGAGUCUGGUGCUGGUGGACGAACGGAACCAUCUGUAAAGAAACCGGCGACACAUCUUGACCUCUAUGGUGUAAUUGAAGUCUCCUCACGAUUGGCCCCGGACAACCAGGUUCCUAAUGCACAACAACAGGAUUGGGACGAGCUGAGUGACACAUUCAAACUACCGGGAUUGACCGGCCCGGAAAUGGUUUUCUCCGGACAUCCGUUGGGACCGACUGACUUCGGACACGGUCCGUCCGACACACGUUCCACUUCCCGGAAGCGAAGAGCAAGGGGAAGAACAACAAGAACAACAACCAAACGUCGAGAACCGAAGCGGGCCAUCGCCGAGGAAGAAGAAGAACAGACAACUGUUGUCAAACUAGAUUAA